CUAACUUUCAUUAAUGGUGCCUUUUGAAUGUUUUGGCUCAAUGAACCAAAAAUGGAUAGCAAUGAAGAGUCUGCAGAAUUAAAGAAAGAGGUAGGCCUAACAGAUUUUUUUGGUUUAUUGAUAUAAUGAUAAAGGUAAAAAUAGCCUGUUUGAUGACGAUAUCCGCACAGAAUGGAUUAUCUGUAACCGGUGUGUGAGAGAGGAAUGCCUUUCAGACAGUCAUUUUCAAUGGUUGCUGUGUAAAGAGUGCAGAAUUGACUGUAAUUCAAUGUUAUGCUCAGACGAUGGAACACUGGUUAGAACAACUGAUCAUUUGUAUUAUAAUCAGUAUAUUUACUGCUCAUCCAACCAUAUUCUCGAAAGGCACUCCGCUUAAGGAUGAGUACGUUAGAGCAAACUUUGCACUUGUAAGAUAAAUCUAUUUUGCUUGACAGCAAAACCUAUAGAUUAAACAAAGAACAGGACUCAAAAUGACUAAAAGAGAUACGGAAUAUCAAUCUUUGCUUGAAGGCAGCACAGAAACAAAACAGAAAAUUAAGGUAUGUAUAAUAAUACAAAAACAAUAAGAAUGUGUUAUUACUAUAUUAGUAAUAAUAAUAAUGACAACAGUAAUAACACAGUAAUGACAAAUUAUUAUAAUUACUACUAUUAUGAUUACUAUCAUUACAAUUGCUUGUAAUGACAGUUUAAAAGUGAAUUAUAGUGUUACGAACCCCGUGGCGUUAAACGUCUAGGGUGGAUGGACAAGAGACCCGUAACAUAAUUCAUGCAAAUUAGAAUCGUGACAUGGAAACAGUGAGAACAAAAACUACACGACAACCAUAAACUACCGUCAAACAUAAAAUGUUUAUUUUGAACACACGGUAAAGGUUUGGGAAAAAGGCUGAGCAGGACCCAAGAAAUGAAACAAUAGUGUAAAAAAAAACUAAACUGAUCUUGCCUGCCUCAAGAACCGCUAAACUACUGCUAAUCAUACAAAAAUUACAGUGGGUGGUCCGCUCAGGUCUAACUAGUGUUUUUAGACAGUUUUCUUCCUACGGGUAAUGUUUGCCCAAGGACAACUUGCUUAAAUCCCCCUUUUCCCAGAAACACACAACAAAGUUACCAAACAGAGUAACCAGCAAAUGAGUGAGUACACAAAACACAGGACACCACAGUAUCCAUACUCACAUACGGAAAAUAGUUUCUCCCAACAAACACAACUGACUGGCUUUUAAAACAAUGGGAGGUGUAAGUGGGAAACCAGAAAGAGGUGGUGCAAUACAGAGGAAUGUCCACUGAUUGGUCCACCUCAGCAAUCAGCAGACAAACGGAUGUCAAUCGACCACCAAUCAGGAACAUAAAGGACACCUGUGAUUAGGGCAGAAGGAGAGGAAAAACACAAAAAGACACAGGAUACCUGUAUCCAUAACAUAUAGGUUACAUGUUAGUCCAUAAUACAUACAUGUAUUAUAAUACAUAUCACUGUUUUAAGUGUCCUUCACCUGCAAAUAGGGCCUCAAAUUCUUAUAAAGUUAUUUAAAGAAACCUAUAGUCUACUUCAUUGUCUACACUUGGCUAUUGUAAUUAAUAACCUUAGCUAAAAUAUAGUUGAUCUGUAUUUGUGCCUCAUUUGAACUUCUGAACGCUAUCUAAUAGUUAAAUAUGAUAAUGAUUAGGCUACUGUUAUUGAAGGUAUCCUUUUUCUGUUAAAUAAUGAAUGUUAAAGAGUACUACUGCACAGAAUCUGUACAUAUUAUGGAACGCUAAACCACCAAUUAUGUGUGUUAUUGGUUUCAGCGUCCUAACACAUCCCUUCUACUGGCAAUUUGUGCAGCUUGCAUCGGAGGAACCUUUCAAUAUGGUUAUAAUAUUUCGAUCAUCAAUGCCCCCAACAAGGUAAGACAUUAUUGUCAAUAUUUGUCUACUUAAAUUGACUAUAACGUAGAUAGCUAAAGAGGAGAGGUUUAGUUGUUAUUGAACUGAUGAGAUGAUGAUGAGGACAUUGGAUAAUCAUUUGCAUCCUGCCCUCAUUGAACCAUGCCUGUGUGUUCAGAAAACAGUCACAGUCACAUGCAGCCCUGGAGACUAUGUUCCAUUUUAAUCUUAGGUCACACUACAAGGGAAUCUUGACUAAUCAUUUAACACUAACAAGAAUACUCUUUUGAGUAAAAAAAAGGUUAAUUCUACCAUGUAAUUUCAGUAGCCUUGUGUGGUUGGUACAUUUCUCACACACAUUCAGAGGCACAGAUGUAGGAUUUUAAUUUGAUCUAUAUGUGCACAGCAAAAAUAAUCCUGCAGCAACAGGAUUUGAACAUUUAGUGCAUAAUGUUGCUUAAUCGGUGAUUAUGCUAUUAGUUGCAUGGCCAAAAGUAGGCUACAUGAAAAGUGCAAUACUAUUAAUAUAACUGUUGGUUUUCAGUGAAUUUAUGUAAAUCACGAAGCUCAUCUGCAUUUCCUGCGAUGCAGGAACUUUCUCAGCAACAAAAGAGUGAUGAAAUUAAGAUCUUACAACUGUAAUAAUACAAAAAAUCAUGCAAAUUACUUUUACAUUUCAGCUGUGAGCAAUGCAUUCUCUUUUCAAGGCAGCAUUGAGUAAGGGGUGCUUUCUUUGUCCAGUUUGUGCAGAAUUUCAUCAACCAAACCUGGCUGGAGCGCUAUGAAGAGGACAUCUCAGAGCAAUACCUCACUCUACUGUGGUCCAGCAUCGUGUCCAUUUUCACAAUAGGAGGAUUUAUUGGAGCGACUAUUGGUGGAACACUGGCUAUUAGAUUUGGGAGGUAUAGAGAAGUGUUUUGUUAAUAGUGGCUACUGGCUAGAAUCCUCAUUUGGGUAUUUGUGUCAGUCUCCAAUUUUACACAUACAGUGAGGGAAAAAAGUAUUUGAUCCCCUGCUGAUUUUGUACGUUUUCCCACUGACAAAGACACGAUCAGUCUAUAAUUUUAAUGGUAGGUUUAUUUGAACAGUGAGAGACAGAAUAACAACAAAAAAAUCCAGAAAAACCCAUGUCAAAAAUGUUAUAAAUUGAUUUGCAUUUUAAUGAGGGAAAUAAGUAUUUGACCCCUCUGCAAAACAUGACUUAGUACUUGGUGGCAAAACCCUUGUUGGCAAUCACAGAGGUCAGACGUUUCUUGUAGUUGGCCACCUGGUUUGCACACAUCUCAGGAGGGAUUUUGUCCCACUCCUCUUUGCAGAUCUUCUCCAAGUCAUUAAGGUUUCGAGCCUGACGUUUGGCAACUCGAACCUUCAGCUCCCUCCACAGAUUUUCUAUAGGAUUAAGGUCUGGAGACUGGCUAGGCCACUCCAGGACCUUAAUGGGCUUCUUCUUGAGCCACUCCUUUGUUGCCUUGGCCGUGUGUUUUGGGUCAUUGUCAUGCUGGAAUACCCAUCCACGACCCAUUUUCAAUGCCCUGGCUGAGGGAAGGAGGUUCUCACCCAAGAUUUGACGGUUCAUGGCCCCGUCCAUCGUCCCUUUGAUGCGGUGAAGAUGUCCUGUCCCUUAGCAGAAAAACACCCCCAAAGCAUAAUGUUUCCACCUCCAUGUUUGAUGGUGGGGAUGGUGUUCUUGGGGUCAUAGGCAGCAUUCCUCCUCCUCCAAACACGGCGAGUUGAGUUGAUGCCAAAGAGCUCGAUUUUGGUCUCAUCUGACCACAACACUUUCAUCCAGUUCUCCUCUGAAUCAUUCAGAUGUUCAUUGGCAAACUUCAGACGGCCCUGUAUAUGUGCUUUCUUGAGCAGGGGGACCUUGCGGCCGCUGCAGGAUUUCAGUCCUUCACGGCGUAGUGUGUUACCAAUUGUUUUCUUGGUGACUAUGGUCCCAGCUGCCUUGAGAUCAUUGACAAGAUCCUCCUAUGUAGUUCUGGGCUGAUUCCUCACCGUUCUCAUGAUCAUUGCAACUCCACGAGGUGAGAUCUUGCAUGGAGCCCAAGGCGAGGGAGAUUGACAGUUAUUUUGUGUUUCUUCCAUUUGCGAAUAAUCCCACCAACUGUUGUCACCUUCUCACCAAGCUGCUUGGCGAUGGUCUUGUAGCCCAUUCCAGCCUUGUGUAGGUCUACAAUCUUGUCCCUGACAUCCUUGGAGAGCUCCUUGGUCUUGGCCAUGGUGGAGAGUUUGGAAUCUGAUUGAUUGAUUGCUUCUGUGGACAGGUGUCUUUUAUACAGGUAAACUGAGAUUAGGAGCACUCCCUUUAAGAGUGUGCUCCUAAUCUCAGCUCGUUACCUGUAUAAAAGACACCUGGGAGCCAGAAAUCUUUCUGAUUGAGAGGGGGUCAAAUACUUAUUUCCCUCAUUAAAAUGCAAAUCAAUUCAUAACAUUUUUGAAAUUUGUUUUUCUUGAUUUGUUUUUGUUGAUAUUCUGUCUCUCACUGUUCAAAUAAACCUACCAUUAAAAUUAUAGACUGAUCAUUUCUUUGUCAGUGGGCAAACGUACAAAAUCAGCAGGGGAUCAAAUACUUUUUUCCCUCAUUGUAGGCUAUUAUUACUAUUUUGGCAAUAUCCAUUUGACUGUAUGCAUUUUUUCUCUCCAAACAAGGCACUUUCAAUAAAUGUUUUAUUAAUGGCAAAUAUUCUCUGUGUCACAGAAAAGGGACACUGAUGAUGAACAAUGCAUUUGCCUUACUGGCUGCUCUGUUGAUGGGCCUGAGCUACCCCACUGGAUUAUUUGAACUGCUCAUCAUUGGACGAUUUUUCACAGGAGUAAACGCGGGUAAAUAUGUCAGUCAGUUAGUCAAGUGAAGUGUUGACAUCAGCAGUUUGCAGUCUUCAUUCGUAAGAUGAGUGUGUUGAAAAAUAUAGAUGUAUUGAAGGUUCUGUCUUGUCUGUAAGUCAAUGUGCCAUACUUUAUUCUAACAAUCUGCUGAUUUGCAGGCAUUGGCAUAUGCGUUCAGCCACUGUAUCUGGGGGAAAUCGCCCCAAGGGCACUUCGUGGUGCCAUGGCGAUGGGGACCUCUAUUUUCAUCACUGGGGGCAUCCUUACUGGACAGGUGAUUGGGCUUCAGUAAGUUAAGAUCAUCCUGGACUAAAGCCUACCUCACAGAGUACUUUGAAAUGAAGACCUGUGCAUAAUGUAUUGUGUGUGUGUUCCCACAAUGAUCCUGCAGUGAGCUCCUGGGUAAAGAAGAAUACUGGCCCAUCCUUCUCUCCACCACCUGUAUCCCAGCGUUCCUGCAGCUCCUCAUACUGCCCUGGUUCCCAGAGAGCCCUCGCUACCUGCUGAUCGACAGAGGGGAUGACGUUGGAUGUGGAACCGGUAUGUUUCAAUCACAUGUAAAAAGCUCUCUCACAUAGGAACCGACUCCUUUUCUUAAAACAACAUUCAUCGUGCUUUAAACUAUUUUGACAGAAAAAAAGUUGUUUCGGUGACAAAGUUGGAACAAAGUGUGCAAACCUAUAUCGUAAUCUACAAUCAUUGAUCUAAAAAAGAGAACUGAGCUGUGUCACUCUCCGUCCCUGAACAUUGAUUUGACAUGGUGCACAUGGUGGAAACUUUGGAGGGGGUGAUGAUUCAGCCUUUAUCUCAGAUCAGAAGGGUCGGAACUCGGAAACAUCAAUUGUACAAAUAUUUCCCCUUGAGAGACAUACCAGGUCAAGCACAUGACUGCAUUGCAUACUAUAACAGCAGGUUACACUGCUAGGCAAUGUCUCUCUAGUCACACAAUCCUUGAUUCUCAAAGAAAUAUUACUGUGUAUCCCACUGUGUAUGUCUGGUUUGGUUGGCUGGGUGGGUGAAGGAGUGGAUUCCUGUUUGUUUGAGUGUGAGGGAUAACAAAUUAACCGUGGAGAGGAGAGAGACCAUGUGAGCUAUCUUGUGUUCCCUGUGGACAGCGAUGAAGCAACUCCACGGCACAGAUAACUUUGACCGCGAGUGGGAGGACAUGGAGAGGGAGAGGAUCAGCGCCAUGGGGAUCAAACCCAAGAAGCCCUGGGAGCUGUUCAUGGACCGCAGCCUCCGCUGGCAAGUCCUCACCAUCAUCCUGAUCAACGGCGCCCAGCAGCUCAACGGCAUCAACGCUGUACGUCAGCAGCAGACCUAUUCACCACAUGACCCUAUGAGCCCUCAGGGCUGCAAUGUUUCUCAGUAUAAACUCAAGUCAGCUGAGAUGAGAAGAUGUUGAUUUAAAUGUACAAUAUUCCAUUCAAUUAGAACCCUUUUGGGUUCCAGGUAGAACCCUUUUGGGUUUCAUGUAGAACCCUUUCCACAGCGGGUUCUACAUGGAACCCAAAAGGGUUCUACCUGGAACCAAAAAGGGAUCUAAAUGGAACUCAAAAGGGUUCUACCUAGUACCAAAAUGGAUUCUACAAAGGGUUAUCCUAUGGGGACGGCCAAAGAACCCUUUUAGGUUCUACAUAGCACCUUUUUUUCUAAGAGUGUAUGUAUACCCUGUACUGUCUAUAUUCUAUAACAACCUGCAUGUCCUGCAGGUUAUAUGAACUUAACGUGAGAGUUCUGUGAAUGGAAUAUUGUACAUAUUGUACACAGAGGGUUCUACCUGGAACCCAAAAGGGUUCUACAUGGAACCAAAAAUGGUUCUAACUGGAACCGAAAAGGGUUCUCCUAUGGGGACAGCCGAAGAACCCUUUUGGAAGCUUCUUUUUGUCAGAGUGUAGGGUAUGGUAUACACUAUACACUAUAGGGUAUAAUAUGAAGCCCCUGUGUUUAAUUUAUUUUCUAUUACUCUCUCUCUCUCGCUCUUUCAGAUUUAUUUCUAUACAGAUUAUGUAUUUGAGGCGGCUGGAAUUCCAGAGGUUAACAUACCCUACGUAACUGUGGGCACAGGAGCCUGCGAAUGCCUCACUGCCCUUACCUGUGUAAGUGUCAACUAUUGCUCAUAGUACAGAUACUGUAUAUCCAAAUAUUUAGAAGCAUGCAUGGAGUAUAUUGUAGAGCGUAAAUGUAACCCCAUGCCUUUUUUCCAUGACUGAUCAUAGAUUUCAUCAUGCUAUGGUGGUAUUCCCACAAUACUGUUCUCAUAGAACAUAUUUAUUUUAUGAUUUACAGUUCCUUACAAAAGCAUUCAUACUCCUUGGAUUUUUUCACAUUUUAUUGUGUUACAGAGUGGGAUAAAAAUUGAUUUAAUUGUUUUUUUUUGUCAACAAUCUACACAAAAUACUAUUUUUAUUGUAUUUUUUAGACUAAUAGAAAUUAAAUAACAAAAAUAUAGUCGUUGCAUAACUAUUCAGCUCCCUGAGUCAAUACAAGUUAAAAACACCUUUGGCAGCGAUUACAGCUGUGAGUCUUCUUGGGUAAGUCUCUAAGAGCUUUAUACACCUGGAUUGUGCAAUAUUAGCCCAUUAUUCUUUUCAUCAUUCUUCAAGCUCUAUCAAGAUGUUGGGGAUCAUUGCUAGAAAGCAAUUUUCAAGUCUUGCCCUAGAUUUUCAAGCAGAUUUCAGUCAAAACGGUAACUUGGCCACUCACGAACAUUCACUCCAGUGUAGAUUUGGCCUUUUGUUGUAGAUUAUUGUCCUGCACCCAGUGUCUGGUGUAAAGCAGACUGAAUCAGGUUUUCCUCAAGGAUUUUGCCUGUGUUUAGCACCAUCCCGUUUCUUUUUAUCCGGACAAACUACCAAGUAUUUGCCAAUGUCAAGCAUACCCAUACCAUGAUGCAGCCACCACCAUGCUUGAAAAUAAGGAGGCAGUUACGUGUUGUGUUGGAUUUGCCCCAAACAUAAGGCUUUGCAUUUAGGCCAAAAAGUUUAUUCCUUUGCCGUGCUUUUUUUUUGCAGUAUUACUUUAGUGCGUUGUUGCAUACAGGAUGCAUGUUUUGCAAUAUUUUUAUGCUGUUUAUUUGUAUUCAACUUUUCACUCUGUCAUUUAAGUCAUUAUUGUGGAGUCAGUACAAUGUAGUUGAUCAAGCCUCAGUUUUCUCCCAUCACAGCCAUUGAACUCUGUAACUGUUUUAAAAUCACAAAUGGCCUCAUGGUAACAUCCCUGAGAAGUUUCAUUCCUGUCCUGCAGCUCAGUUCAGAAGGACGACUGUAUCUUUGAUGUGUCUGGGUGGUUUAAUACAUAAUCCACAGCAUAAUCAUUAACUUGACCAUGCUUAAAGAGAUAUUCAAUGUCUGAUUUGUUACUGUUCCCCAUCUACCAAUCACUUCCCUUCUCAAUGAGGCUUUCCAAAAGCUCCAUGGUCUUUGAAGUUAAAUCUGUGCUUGAAAUUCAAUACUUGAUUGAGGGACCUUACAGAUAUCGUAUGUAUGGGGGACAGAGGAAGGGUUAGUCAUAAAAAAAUAAUGUCAACCCCUAUUAUUUCACACAGAGUGAGUUCAUGUAACUUAUGUGAUUUAUUAAGCCACAUUUUACUGCCUGAACAAAGGGGCUGAAUAAUUAUGCAGUGACUAUAUUUUAGUUAUACAAUUUUUAUUAAUCUUUGAAAAAGUAUUUUUCUUCCACUUUGACAUUACGGAGUAUUUUGAGUUGAUUGUUGACAAAAAAUGGAAAUUAAUUCAAUUUUAAUUCCACUUUUAACACAAUAAAAUGUGAAGAAAUCCAAGGGUUAUGAAUACUUUUGCAAGGCACUGAAUGUAACUAUUCAUCCAGUGGAUUAACAUAAAGUUCUGGAGCAGGUUUUCAUCAAGGAUCUCUCUGUACUUUGCUCCGUUCAUCUUUCCCUUGAUCCUGACUAGUCUCCCAGUCCCUUCCACUGAAAAACAUCCCCACAGCAUGAUGCUGCCACCACCAUGCUUCACCGUAGGGAUGGUAUUGGCCAGAUGAUGAGCGGUGCCUGGUUUCCUCCAGACGUGACGCUUGGCAUUCAGGCCAAAGAGUUCAAUCUUGGUUUCAUCAGACCAGAUAAUCUUAUUUCUCAUGGUCUGAGAGUCCUUUAGGUGCCUUUUGGCAAACUCCAAGCUGGCUGUCAUGUUCCUUUUACUGAGGAGUGGCUUCCGUCUGGCCACUCUACCAUAAAGGCCUGAUUGGUGGACUGCUGCAGAGAUGGUUGGCCUUCUGGAAGGUUCUCCCAUCUCCACAGAGGAACUCUAGAGCUCUGUCAGAGUAACCAUCGGGUUCUUAGUCACCUCCCUGACAAAGGCCCUUCUCCCCCGAUUGCUCAGUUUGGCCUGGCGGCCAGCUCUAGGAAGAGUCUUGGUGGUUCCAAACUUUUUCCAUUUAAGAAUGAUGGAGGCCACUGUGUUCUUGGGGACCUUCAAUGCUGCAGACAUUUUUUGGUACCCUUCCCCAGAUCUGUGCCUCGACACAAUCCUGUCUCGGAGCUCUACGGACAAUUCCUUCGACCUCAUGGCUUGGUUUUUGCUCUGACAUGCACUGUCAACUGUGGGACCUUAUAUAGACAGAUGUGUGCCUUUCCAAAUCAUGUCCAAUCAAUUGAAUUUACCACAGGUGGACUCCAAUCAAGUUGUAGAAAAACCACAAGGAUGAUCAAUGGAAACAGGAUGCAAAAAUGUUAUUUAAUCCAUUUUAGAAUAAGGCUAUAACGUAACAAAAUGUGGAAAAAGUGAAGGGGUCUGAAUACUUUCCGAAUGCACUGUAUUUAAUGAAGAUACCAGUGGUGUGAUACUAGGUAUGAUUGGAAACGUGUUAAUUAGGUUUUUCAACUAAGAAGAUCGUAUAUUUCUCCACGGCUUGUCUGCUGUUAUGUCAUGUGAGAUGCUGUGUCUUUCAGGGCAUGCUGAUCGAAUCUCUGGGACGAAAAGUGCUUAUCAUCGGAGGGUACACCCUUAUGGCUUUCUGGUGUAUUUGCUUCACUCUGACACUCACCUUCCAAGUAAAGCAUCUUUGAUCUAACAAUUCCAUUUUGUGUGAAUGUUUUAAUCAGAAUAAGAUACAUGUAUUGCACUUAUGCAUUUUUAAAUGUGACUUGCUAGUUUCUAUAACGUCAGCAAUAGUAUGUUUCUAUACCCUUAUGUGCUACCAUAAGAAAAAUUAUAUAAAAUAAAUCACGUUGGUGUUGCCAACCCUGAAUGUUGCUUGGGUGGCCACUUUGGAAACACUAGUUUGUUUAUGAUUUAAUUGUUGUGUUCUUUCUUUGAACACAGGGAGCAGGCCCAUGGAUACCUUAUCUUAGUAUGGGAUGCGUCUUUGCUUUCAUACUGAGCUUUGGCUUGGGACCAGGUAACCGACAGAACUUACGUAGAACUCAUUUAUGCCAGUAUUGUGUGAUCUCGCAGCAAUAUUAUUUCUUAUCUGAUUAUAAAUCAAUUUAAAACUAACACUUUACCUCAGGGUUAAGGUCAAUUCCAGUCAAAUCAGGAAGUACACUGAAAUUCCAAUUAUUUUCAAUGCUUUUCAAUUAGGAACAUUUUGAAUUGAAAUUUGGUUUACUUUCUGAAUUGACUGGAAUUUAAAUGGAAUUGACCCCAACCCUUCUAUACCUUCACUUUGUCCUUUGCAGGUGGUGUGACAAACAUAUUGAUCACAGAGUUAUUCACACAAACCACACGGCCUGCUGCGUACAUGAUCGGAGGGUCCGUGAACUGGCUCAGCUUCUUCUUCAUUGGCAUGGCGUUUCCAUUUAUUGUGGUAGGUUCCAACUGUUUCGUGAUACUUAACCUUUAAAAUAAGGUGGUUAUUGUUAGGUUCUACGUAUUGAUCAAUGGCGGUCAGUGCCGUUUAUGAUGAGGGAGCACAAUUAAUUUUUUCAUGAGCAUGGCCUUAUUUCUAUUACAGCAUGUUGGAUGACUGUCAUUCAUAUUCCAUUCACCCAGUUCAAUGUAACAUCGAUAGGUUUAGGCUAUUAUAUGAUACUAGAAUUUUCCCUAUACCCAUCAUGAGGUAGCUACAACCUAGUCUAUGAAUUAAAGUUUACAACGUAGGUGCACACAGGUCGAGAGAAAAAUUUAGAUGACAGACAGUGACACAUGGACAGACAGUGACACAUUCAAUACCGCCUUGCACACUCUUGCCUGCAUCUAGCUUAUCUAGGGUGUAAUCAUUAGUCCAACAGUUGCAACUGAGAGUUUCUAUUAGACAAAUUCAGGUAUUUUUAUCCCAGUUUCGUUUGCUUCCAUUUAAGAAACGUUUUUCAACAGAAUUGGGGGAAUGAAUACACCCCUGAUCACGCAUAAACAGAGUUCAUUUUCAUAGCAGCCACGUCUUCAUUCUAGCCUCUAUGCACUCUCCUCCUCUCACUUUUUCCCUUCAUUUGUGGACUUCAAUGAACAACACAUCAGCUGUAUGUGACCAGGCGAAAAAACCUUUCCAAGCCAAACCAUGUCAUAACCGCUACACACAGCCUACAUCGUUGUCCCCAUAUUAGCUAAAGUAAUGUCCUAGUCAACAUAGCUAAUAGAACUAAUGCGUUAGUAAACCCGCUACAAUCAUGCAGUAACGUUACAGUAUAUAGUCAGUAAGCAGUUGGACCGGCGGGCCCCAGUGGCAAUAAAUUAAUAAAAACAAAAGCUUACCUUGACUUGGAAGAGUUCCAGUGUUGUGUUGGAUAGUCAUAGCCAGCUAGCUAACAUAGCUUCCCUCUGUUUGAGCCGGGUAUUUGAGUAACUGAACUAGCCAGCUGCAUUUGCUAGCUAAGUAAGUGAAACUGAAAAAAACGACAAUCUCCCUCUCUCUUGCUUCUCCUUUUUUGAAGAAAUGAAUUUGUUGAAAACUGUUCAACUAUUGUCUUUCUCUUUGAGUCAACUACUCACCACAUUUGAUGCACUGCAGUGCUAGCUAGCUGUAGCAUAUGCUUUCAGUACUAGAUUAAUUCUCUGAUCCUUUGAUUGGGUGGACAACAUGUCAGUUCAUGCUGCAAGAGCUCUGAUAGGUUAGAGGACGUCCUCCGGAAGUUUACAUAAUUACUGUGUAAGUCUAUGGAAGGGGGUGAGAACCAAGAGCCUCCUAGGUUUUGUAUUGAAGUCAAUGUACCAAGAGGAGGACGGAAGCUAGCUGUCCUCCGGCUACACAAUGGCGCUACCCUACAGAGUGCUGUUGAGGCUACUGUAGACCUUCAUUGCAAAACAGUGUGUUUUAAUCAAUUAUUUGGAGACGUGAAUAUAUUUAGUAUAGUUUUAUCUAAACAGGAUAACUUUUUCAAUGUUUUACUAUUUUUAUUGUUAUGAAAUUCACUGAGGAGGAUAGUCCUCCCCUUCCUCCUCUGAAGAGCCUCCACUGGUAUUGAUAUCAGAGUAGUUUGAUAUCAGUACCGUCGACUGAUAUGGAAUUAGGAUAUGGUUGUUUUGAGAGCUGGUUCUAGAUGGAUUUGGUCUGCUCUUCUACCCCCACAGACUAAGUUGCAGCAGUACUGUUUCCUGGUGUUCUUGGUCGUUUGUGUCUUGGUGGCUGUAUACAUAUUCCUGGUAGUCCCCGAGACGAAGAACAAAACCUUCCUGGAGAUCCAAACAGAGUUCCAGUCUGGAGAAAAGAGGAAGGCUUCCAAAGCUGACUACGGCCCAAGGACAACAUUGUUGUCAACCCCUCUGUGAAACACAGCUCCAGUGUUUGCUGCAAGGACUUGUCAAAUCUGUCCACACUACUUCUUAUUCAACAACUGGUAGUGUUAUGAAUAUCUCACUGUCAUAUUGAUUUUUAAAAAGUUCCAGAAUGUUCGUUCUUUGUCAGGGAUCAUGAUUUUGAAGAGUAGGCAUUAUGAUAACUGGGAUAAUAUGAUAAUUGGUGCUGUUAAUGUUAAGUCCAGAUCGGCAACAUAUUGGAUCAGUUUUUACAAUUAUAUAGGUUAUAAACACUAAUGAUUUAAGGCUCAGUAGUUUAACAUACUGGUCAUAUGGUAUUAGCUACUCAGGAUUACAUUAUAAGAAUUUUACUGGAAAAUGUGUUGACAUUAGAUUUUUAUCUGUAUCUGCCAACAUUUGUCAAUUAACCUUUUGAAUGAAUAAAAUACCAUUUGAGAUGACUAUC